ACUUGUCCUCUUCCCCCACCGCGGUGCCAUACGUCCAAACCCUGCUUCCAGGUCCUCGAUAUGUCUCGCCAGGAUACCUAUGACCUGCGCAACCAGAUGUACGCGGACGAAAACCAAAUGCAGCUGCACGCGCAUGCGGAAGCGGCGAACUACGCGGACGAGGAACACUCAGUACUCGAAGACGACUCGAUCGACGACGAGGGGGACCAGGACGAGUACAUGGACGACGACGACGGCUCCUCCGACCUCUCCAUACCCGACGAGUCCAUAAACUUCGACCUCGUAUACUCCCUGCACAGUUUCGCGGCGACAGUGGAAGGGCAGGCGAAUGUCGUCAAGGGCGAUUCCCUCUUUCUCAUGGACGACAGCAACAGCUACUGGUGGCUUGUCCGCGUCUUGAAGACCCAGGAGGUCGGCUACAUACCCGCGGAGAACAUUGAGACGCCGUUUGAGCGCCUGGCGCGCUUGAACAAGCAUAGGAAUGUCGACCUCGCCCUCGCGACGCAGCAAGAAAUCAACGAAGCCAGGCUCAUGCCGCGCAACAAGCAGCCCUCGCGAUCGGGCCACACUCCCUCCCCCAACGACCCGAACCGCCCCUCCCGCCGAAAGCUCAAGUUCAACGCCGGCCGCUCCAUCCACCGCUACCCGCCCGCGGUGUGGAACGAGGAGGACGAUGACGAGGAGGAGGACGUCGAGUGGGACGACGAGGGGUACUCGGACGAGGACCCGAACCUGCUGGACGACGUAGGCAGCAUCAUAUCCGGGAUGGAGAUGGAGCCGGACGACGGGAUGGCGUGGGACGACGCCGCGGUGCGCCAGCAGCAGCAGCAGCAGCAGCAGAACGCACAGGCGCGCGGCGCGAUCCCGCAGGCGCUGAUGGCUGGCGCGCAGCAGCAGCAGAUGCUCCAGCAACAGCAGCAGCAGAUCCAGCAGCAGCAGCAGAUGUUGCAGAAGCAGCAGCAGGAAAUGAUCCAGCAGCAGCGGCAGCGCGAGAUGAUGGCGCAGCAGCAGCAACAGCAGCAGGCGCAGGCGCAGGCUCAGGCGCGCGAGCAGGCUCAGGCUCAAGCUCAGGCUCAGGCGCAAGCACAAGCCGCCGCCCAGCAGCAACAGCAGCAGCAGGCUCUGCGUUCACAGUCGUCUCGCGAGCGCCUCACUGGAACGCCGGACAGCCAGCGGCGCAUCGACCCGCUGGAGGCGACGGACACGCGCAAGCUCACUGCAACGCCCACGAUCGCGCGCGACGUCGAGAUGGACGACAGCGAGAGCAUCAAGCGCGCGCGCGAGCAGGAGGCGCGCGCCAAGGAGCAGCAGCGCGAGCGCACCAACUCGAUCACGAGCCAGGGUAGCGCCAACGCGGCGAACAACCGGCCAGUCGCGAGCAGCAGCAUGAGUGGCGGCGGCAAGCUGCGUAAGGAUAGGGCAGGCUCGGACGCGGAAGACGAUGCGGGGAAGAAGAAGAAGGGCGGGAGCAUGUUCAGCGGGCUCUUCGGGCGCAAGAAGGACAAGAAGAGCUCGUCGUCCAUCGCGUCGGAGAGCGACAGCGAGCGCACGUCGGGCGUGCGCGCGUCGGACGACUCGAGGAGCAACGAGGCCCAGCAGCAGUCGCCGACGACAUCGCUUGCGAUGCAGCAGCAGCAGCAGCAGCAACGCCCGCCGGACCCGGUUACGCCGCAGAAGGGCGGCGCUGCGAGCGGCGGGGCGGGAUCCUCGCCGGAGGUGUCGGUACAUGCUUCUCAACUGCGCCAGCGCGACCAGCAGCAGCAGGCGCUUUAUCAGCAGUAUCUCAACCGCUCCCCCUCGUCGCCGCCUGACCUGCAGCCUUCGUACGGCCUAUGGUCCGCACCUGCGGUCAUGCCCAACAAAGACCCUCGUGAUACCUCCGUCUCACACGCACACAACAGCUCAACGAGCUCUGCGAACGGUCUUGCCCCGCCAACGACGUCUCGUCCACGCCCAGGCUCCCUCAUCCUGUCCUCAGGCUCGAUGGACGGCCAAGGCGUUGGUGUCCCGGAACUCAGCGUCAUUCGCGUUUUUGCAGGUGAUUACCUCGAGACGGAAGCCACAUUCAAGACCGUUCUCCUCAACGCGUCUACUACCGCCAGCGACCUUGUGCGCCAGGCAAUCCAGCGCUUCCGCCUCCCAGCAGGCGACGACGCCGCGGACUACUUCCUCACCGUCAAGCAGGUCGAGGGCGGCGCGAGCGCUGCCCUGCGCCCCGACGAGAAGCCGCUCGGUGUGUUCGAGAGCCUCGUCGAGGCGGCGCUUGAGAUGCCCAAGGUGAAGCGGAGCAGCAUGGCGAGCAUCUCGUCCGUUGCGAGCAACCUCUCAAUGCACCCGGCGAUUUCGAGCCUCAACAUGAAUGACUUCACGGACGACAGCGCGGUCAAGUUCUACCUCAACCGCCGGCGCACGGAAGGCGCCGAGGAGCGCGACCUAGGCGAGGAAGAGGGCGACGAUACGCUCAUCGCGGACACGUCGCACGGCGACGCUAGCGUUGACAACAGCGGGCGCGGGCAGUUCCUCAGCGUGUCUACCUCCAAUGGGAACGUGCCCCCAGAGCGCUUUAGCUCGCCCUCCUUCCGCUUCCCUCUGCAGCUUGUGAUCUAUCCUGAGGACCUGCCCGACGACAUGGUCUUUGACCCGCAGACGGAGGCGAUUGUGUUCAAGAACACGCUCCGCGAUCGCGCGCAAACGGACCCCUCGCCGGGCAUUCCUCAGAAUAUGCGCCGCAAGGUGUUCAUCUUCCCGAAAAAUGUUACUGUGGCGGAGGUCAUCGAGCUCGGUCUCGAGCGCUUUGGGAUUCUGGAGGGUGUGGUGGACGGCGGAGACGAGGUCGAGGACAAGAUGUCGAAGAGGCGGAGUAUGGCAAGGGUCCGGUACGGGUUGGCGGUCAAUACGGGGAACAACGAGGAGAAAGAGCUCUCGCCUUCAAGCAAGGUCAUCGAUGCCUUCCCUCGUCCCCCAGCCUACCGCCAGGCGGACAAGCGCGACUCGGCCUCCAAGCGUCGCUCAAUGGACUCGGCUAUGCUACUUGGCACCGUCGAGGACGUCGCGCCCGAAGACCCCAUCUUCGUCCUCCGCCGCUCCGUCACCUACCGUAACUCGACCGCGAAACACCGUAUCUCGGGCGCUCUGGACGAAAUUGCGCUCCAAAAGCUGCACCGCGAGUCCGCUUCGAGCUUCGGCAGUGGCGAGAACAAGGCCGGCCCCUCGAAGGCGGAGAUCAUUGCCGCGCAGCGCGAGGCGAAGCGCGCGAACCAGCGUGCCAUCCUGUCCGCGCAGACGAACUCGGUGCGCGGCGUCGACGUCAUGCUUCCGGGCAACGCCAUGAUUCGAUCCACGCGCCGCGACGUGGGCGACAAGAUGCUCUACUCGUACGUCGACCAGGACGGCGCGUCGUUUGACAUCAGCGACAUCGUCGCGGAGGAGUUCCGCAGCCACAACUCGGGCGGCAGUCGGGACGACGUCCUCGAGGGUGUGCUCUCGCGGAACAAGGAUGGGAUGGCGAAGCUCGAGAGCGUCAUUGGGAAGAUACAGAAGGGCAAGGGGCGGCAGGCGCGCGAGUCAGCGGGGUCGUCCGAGUACUCGUUCGAUGCGCCGAAUCCGGAGGAUAUCUCGCGCGCGCAGUCGGCGACGCCGAUUUCGGGCGGCACACGUGCGCUGACGCCGACCGCGAACGACAAGCCAAGGCCGGGGACGACGACGCCCACUGCACCGCGGAAUCGGCGCAACCCGUCGGCAGCGUCGGUGCUCUCUGAUAUCUCCCGCUACGCCACGCCGGACACGCACCCACGGACGGACUCGCCUAUGGAGGACCUGCGGUCGCGCACCGCGACGCCGCGGCAACAGACGAGGAAACCAGUACUUCCCAAGGAUGACUUCGGCGUCGGGAAUAUGAUGGCGGUCAUCGAGUACCGCGCCGCGCGGCCGAAGCCUACCGUACCACCAUUGGACCCGGUCGACGAGAUCCUGUUUGGGCGACCCAUCGACACUGCGGCGCUGCACCCCGAAGUACGAAACAUCUACGCUGCAUCGUUCAAGGAGCUUGAGGAAGUGGAUAAGUACCUGGAUAACUAUCUAUGCCAAACCUUGGGCAGAGCGUGAGCCUGGCUCUCCGCGCAAUCGACGCCUUGGCGCCGACGUACAGUUGUUUUAUAGUGGCAUGAGGUACCUCUCGUGCCGGAUACCUCUCAUCUUUCGACAUUCUUUUGUUUACCAGGCUCUCAUGCACUCUCCCUCAUUGCUCUCUACGUUUACGCUAACUGUACCACGAUGCUUUGGUUCGCCGUGGAUAUUCUAUUCGUAUAAUAUAUGCUUGUUCGUCGAGCGACUCGCACCACCUUGCCUGAUAUCCUCUGCUUCGACUGACAUCCCCUGACCACCCUCGCCUCGCAGGACAGGACAGGAGCGGCAACCUGAAGCAGGGUGGGCGCACCUCG